AUGAUCGGAAGAAUAAGUCAGCCACUCCUCAAUACCUCUCAGAAGUUCAUGGCACCAGCCGCCAGAACUCUCAUGCUCCACGAACACCACGGAAUGAAGAUUCUUCAAGACUACGAGAUCAAGGUGCCACCAUUUGGAGUUGCCCAAGAUUCUGACACCGCCUAUAACGUCGCCAAGAAGAUUGGAGGAAAGGACUACGUCGUCAAGGCUCAAGUUCUUGCCGGAGGACGUGGAAAAGGACGUUUCUCGUCUGGCCUCCAAGGAGGAGUGCAAAUCGUCUUCACCCCAGAUGAGGUGCAACAAAAGGCUGGUAUGAUGAUUGGAGCUCACUUGAUCACCAAGCAAACCGAUCACCGUGGAAAGAAGUGCGAAGAGGUUAUGGUGUGCAAACGUCUGUUCACCCGUCGCGAAUACUACUUCUCCAUCACCCUCGACCGUAACACCAACGGACCAAUCGUCAUUGCUUCAUCCCAAGGAGGAGUCAACAUUGAAGAGGUUGCUGCCACCAAUCCAGAUGCUAUCGUCAAGAUGCCGAUUGACGUCAAUGUUGGAAUCACCAAGGAGCUUGCCCACGAAAUCGCUGUCAAAAUGGGAUUCUCGAAGGACUGCGAGCAGCAAGCCUCGGAGAUCAUCGAGAAGCUGUACAAGAUGUUCAAGGGAUCUGACGCCACUCUUGUCGAGAUCAACCCAAUGGCCGAGGACGUAAACGGAGAUGUCUACUGCAUGGACUGCAAACUCCUUCUCGACUCCAACGCUGAGUUCCGUCAAACUAAGCUUUUCGAUCUCAAGGACAAGAAGCAAGAAGAUGAGCUCGAGAUCCGUGCCGCUGCUGCCAACCUCAACUACAUUCGUCUCGAUGGAACCAUCGGAUGCAUGGUCAACGGUGCCGGACUCGCCAUGGCUACCAUGGACAUAAUCAAGUUGCACGGAGGAGAGCCAGCCAACUUCCUCGACGUUGGAGGUGGUGCCACUGUUGAGCAAGUCACUGAGGCUUUCAAGAUCAUCACCGCUGACAAGGACAAGGUGUCGGCCAUUCUGGUGAACAUCUUCGGAGGAAUCAUGCGUUGUGAUGUGAUUGCCCAGGGAAUCAUUAAAGCUGCCAGAGAGUUGGACCUCAAGAUUCCAAUUGUAGUCAGACUGCAAGGAACAAAGGUCGAAGACGCCAAGGCUCUCAUUGCCACUUCUCAACUCAGAAUUCUUCCAUGCGACAACUUGGACGAAGCCGCGAAGAUGGUCGUCAAGCUUUCAAACAUUGUUGAUCUCGCCCGUGCUACAAACGUCGAUGUCAAAUUUGAGCUCUCCAUUUAA